AGGCAGCUGGGUAAUCAUCGACGGUAAUAAAAGUGACGAACCGUCCAGGUGAUUCUUCAUGAUUGUGUUAAACAUGUCGGGCUGCAAGACGAGUAUCGUGUCGAUACUGAACAAUGACGACCAUCCGUCGUUUGCCGUUCGAUCGACCUCGAUGCUGUCGAAACAGCCUUCGUUAUAUGGACAGCAACAGCAACAGCAACAGCAACACCACCACCAAUAUCAUCAUCAGCAGCAGCAGCAGCAGCAACAAACUCACCAUCAUCACCAUCACCACCACCAUCAUCAGCAACAAAGAUAUCAACAUCGUCCGGAUUACUAUUCCUAUGCAGAAUCGAACCGUCUCCCGCGUCUCUACGAGUCCAUCCCCUCGUCGGAAACCACCCAGCCGCUCUCCCCCGGCUCCUCGGACUGUUCGCACGACUACCGGCCUAGCGGCUACGCUCCCUACCAUCAUCACCAUGCAUUCCCAUACCUGCCUCCCGUAAUCACUUCCUCGUCAUCGCCCGUGUCAACACUGGCUUCCUCCUUCCCAGACCGACGCUACGGGCUCCCCUCGCCGCCGGACCCGCCCUCGCCGCAAGCGUCCCUGGUGAGCACAACGAGCACGGGGAACACAACCCACCACAAUAGCAACAGCAACGGCAGCAGCAGCAGCAGCGCCAACCAAGAUUUGGCCUCCCGUGGCACCCGCAAGAACAAGUAUCCAUGUCCCUACGCGGCGUCGCACGGGUGCUCCGCGACCUUCACAACCUCCGGCCACGCCGCCCGCCACGGCAAGAAACACACGGGCGAGAAGAGCGUCCACUGUCCGAUCUGCAACAAGGCCUUCACCCGCAAGGACAACAUGAAGCAGCACAUCCGCACGCACCGCACACACCCGGACGAGGUUGCCUUGGGAAUCAAGCGGAGUCCCGGACGCUCACCUUAUUAACAUCUUCCAUCUUUUUUUUUUUUUUUUUU